GACUAUCUGAGUGUUUUGGAGUACCUGUUGUGGGUCUUCACUCCUCUGGCUAUUGUCUUCCUCGUGCCGUUCCUCAUUGUUAUCCUCCUCUACCUCUCUAUACUCUUCCUUCAUGUCUACAAGAAUUUGACAGAAUGGAGCAAAAUGUCAUAAAAAGGGUCUGUUAACUGAGCAGAGUGACAAACAGUCGGCAUUUUAGGUGUGAAUUGAAAACAGAAGCCACAACAUCUGCAACAACCGUAAACUAGCCAGCUCAGUGCUGAUUAGAGCAUGGAACUGAGCAACCAUCACAGACUGGAGCUGCUGUACAGCAGUCAGUCAGACAAAUGGACUGGUAAUAAUCAAGUUGCCCGAAUUGUUUACUGAGUCUCACAUCAGGUCAGCCAACUAGUUAAUCCAAACAUCAUGAGCCUUAACUUGCUUACUUUAAGGGCUGUCAAUUAAUCAAUUCUAACUUGUAAAACAAACAAGCAAAAAACCCUCAAAAACUGGUAUUCGAUUGUGAAGAUUAGGAUUUGAUUGGGGGGAAAAAAGCAGCACUACCACAGCUGUGUGCCUCGCAAAUCAUUUAUAUGACCUCGCCCCAAGAGACAGUGCAAUCUCAGUUCUUGCUGUAGUACCAAUCAUGAUACAGAGAGAGAGAGAUACAUUACAUUAUCCACCUUAUUCCUGAGGGUGCAACUUCUGGUGAGACAGUGGAAGCAGCAGUAAGCUAGUUAGGAGCUUUGCCCUUCUAUGGUCAGUCCCAGUGGCUAAUCUUGGUGGCUGACUGUCAACUGCUGUUCUUUUUGAAAGUAAGUUGCCUUUGAUUUAGCAAAUACUGCUUUGUUUUUUCAACAGAUAGUUAACUAACAUUAAAUUAGCAUGUAUUAAAAUAUCCUUGAUGAGCUCUGGUACCUGUUGAACUGUCCACAUCUGUAACAUUACUAACAGUCAGACUAAGCUAAAUUUGUGGCUUCAACAACAGUGCUGAAAAUGCACCUAGAACAAAAAAGGGAAUGUUCCUAUAACUAGCGUUACAGGUUCCAUCACCCACCCACAGAGGGGAAAAGGUUGCCAUCCAUCCUUUGUAAAUACAGGAUUGUCCAAUAUUAAUAAAAUGCACUGUCCCUUACUGAAUCAGUACGAGAUAUGAUUUGUCCCAAAUUUUCGUGUACACCCUACUCUAAAUGCAUACACUAUGUUUUCACAUGCUUGGGAUUACAUAAGAAAUAACAAAACUGAAAGAGUUUCAAGAGCAAAGAAGUAUAAAAUCAAAAUUUGUGGAAGAGAGUGACACCUAGAAUGAUAGGUCUGUCACUCACCAUCAGUACAUGAUAUCCCUGUCUCUACUGUCUGAUUUCAUUCUCAACCUGCAUUAGAAAAUUGCCCUUUAUAGACAUAGGUGAAUGUUAAGAAUAAGUGUUCUGGACCACACUAUUGAAAUAAGAUCCAGGUAGUAUAAAUAUGUUGCUGUUGUCCUGUCGUGUCUUGUCCUUGAGUCACUCCACACAGUAUAUUUUCUGAUGUCUUCUUCUAACAGAGGAAGAAUCAGCUGAGGGAAGCUUACUGCAACAACCUGUGGGAUGGAGCCAGGAAGACCCUGGCUACUCUGUGGGAUGGACAUGGAGCCAUAUGGCAUGGUUAUGAGAUCCAUGGGAUGGAGAAGAUCCCUGACAAAGGACCAGCACUGAUAGUGUACUAUCAUGGAGCCAUUCCCAUCGACUACUAUUACUUCCUGGCCAAUGUUAUCAUCCAAAAGGGACGGCCCUGCCACUCUGUGGCUGACCACUGCCUCUUCAAGAUCCCAGGUUUCAAAUUACUGUUGGAGGUGUUCAGUGUGAUCCAUGGUCCUCAGGAGGAGUGUGUGCGGGCUCUGAAGAAUGGUCACCUAUUGGCAAUUUCUCCAGGAGGAGUGCGGGAGGCUCUAUUCAGUGAUGAGACCUACCCUCUUCUCUGGGGCAAACGCAGAGGCUUCGCCCAGGUCGCCAUCGACGCUCAAGUGCCAAUAAUUCCAAUGUUUACUCAAAAUGUGCGGGAAGGCUUCAGAUGUCUGGGAACACUCAGAUUUUUCCGCUGGAUGUAUGAGAGGUUUCGCAUCCCAGUAGCUCCUAUUUAUGGUGGAUUUCCUGUGAAGUUUCGGACCUUCCUUGGUGAUCCCAUCCUGUAUGACCCCAACAUCAGUGCUGCAGAGUUGGCAGAGAAAGUGAAGCAGGCAGUCCAGUCUCUGAUUGACCAGCACCAGCAGAUACCAGGGAGCAUCCUAAGAGCCUUGUUGGAGAGAUUCCACACUAAACACAAAUACCAUUAACAUCAGCAGUACAACAACAGAUACAAACUAUCCAAUGUGUGACCAAAACAACAUCAGCAUUGGCUCAGCAGGCUGCAGUGUGCACAGGUUUGGCCUAACAUAUUGGAAUAUUUGCACAGCUUUCUUCACUGCUUCCAAACACCACUGACUGCAGCUGCUGAGGUUCCUAUUACAAACAUGUUCCAUGCAUGUUUGUGAUAUGUUUCCUUGCAUACAUUGGCUCCCUUUUUAUCUGAUGAUUUGCUUAAAGCUAGACUUCUUGAAGUUGUUAUAUUGACCCUUGAAAAUAAUCAUACCUCAAAAACGGUAAAUGAAAGGAUAAUUAUUUUUUCAAUAUACAUGCACAAUAUCUAAUUUCUUGUGUUCUGAUAUCUUUAUCUUAAUUGAUUACAAUGUGGUCAGUUAAAGAUUGUGCUCAGGACUGAUCUGUGGGCUGAUCGGUUGGUUGAACUAAUAGAUGUAAUUUGUCAUUGUAGAUGUUUUCAGUGUGUAUAUAUGGGAUUCAGACAAUUUCCGUAUUGAAAAUUGUGAUAUUAGUAAAUUUAUGUCAGCAAGAAAAUCCUAAUGUUGGUUAACUAAUACAUUUAGUUUAUUGUCCAUGCCUAUUAAUUGCAGUGACUAUGCAGACAGCUGCUUGUUCUGAUAUACUUUAACAUCAUUUUGAGUUUGCGCAUCUUCAGUUUCAUUCACCUUGAAGUAACCAGUGAAACAUGCACUAUUUCAUGGGAGCAGGCUGCAGGGUUAGACUCCACAGGUAGAGUAGACAGAGCUGAACCCACUGGUUAAGACUGGCCCACUAUAAAAGGCUUUUUAGUUUUGAUUUCUUCAAAGUUGGGAGUUUCAUGUAUGAACCACAGACUGUAUAAAAUAAUGGUAAUUGGUUUGUAGACUCCAGUUUUAAGCCUCGAGUUUGGCAUUUGGCAUCAAAAUCUUGGAUUUUUGGAGCCAGAAGUGAUCAUAUUCAAACAAGAGGGUGGAGAUUACUCUAAGGCUAGCGUAGCUAUGGUUAACUGUGAUAAUACCAAUGCUAAAGCUAAUUUUUGCCACAGAAGAACAAGUUUAAAACCAUAAAAAUAAAAUGUACUUACUGGAAAAACUAAAUAUUUAACUGCUUAGAGGGUCUUCUAGUUCAACCAAAUGUUGAAGAAGACUUUGUUAGGCAACCAAAAUGUCACAGUUAACUUCAUGAAUCAAAAACACACUGAAGUAGUGAUGCCUUGUACUCUGUGAAUCUAGCGUUAUGCAACAGUUACGUUACCAAACCAAUGUUGCCAUUGUUGUAGCCACUUGACAAUGGAUGGCACCCACCUGUCACCUAAAGUGACAGUGCCCUUAAUGUUGUGUAACUUUGAGCCUUAAUAUAAACAUUCAAGAUUUAAACAGGUGAUUAGGUAUAGAGACCAAACCAUGUUAAUUUCUGCUGUUAAGUUGGGCAUUUUAACAUGGGUUUAUGACUUGCUCUUGGAGCCAUCUUCAAGUGGCCAUUAGAGGAACUGCAGAUUUUGGCACUUCUACAUUGACUUCAUUUUUCAGCCUUGGAGAUUGCUGCUUGGUAGGAAACAGUAUCAUACUUGCUCCAAGUACAUACAGAACACUGACCUAAGGUGACAGGAGUACGACAACAUUGUGUAAAUGAGAUUAAUUUGUAUAUAGAAUUAGUGAACAGGGAUUUCAGGGUUAGAUCAUUUUUUAGGGUAACUGAAAUUGUCUGGCAUCUGCGACUGUGGGUGUACACCUGAGCUCUCAAGGCUGGUGAGAAUAGGGCUUUGAUCUCUCACGCACCAACUGUUGACACUGUCGUCAGCUGUUCCUAACCAUAGUUCCUCCCUGGACUAAGUCAUCGUCAAGACUGGGUAAAUGUUUAGACCUCUAGCCAUAGAUCUGGAUCUACCAUACAUGCACAGGCCUCUGAUGUUUGUUGAACUACAUUGUCUAGGCUAGGCAGGUCAUCUUCUAGGAUAAUCUCAUAUGCAAGAUUCUCCAAUACCCCCACAGAAAGCAUAAAAGCUUAGCCCCUUAAUCUCACAAGUCAUAUUAGCAGUAGGGUAUUUCUGGCUGUCACCUUCCACACAAGUAAUAUUCACAACCCUUUCAUUACUCCGGUCGAAUAUUGCUGACCAAAUGUGUCUUUAGUUACUACUAGUGUCUGCUAGUGCUUUUAGCGCUUAACCAUUAAUGGUAACGUACGAUUUCCUGCUCUGGUCUGGGUACUGAACACAUUUCAGCAGCUUUGGAUAGCCUUGUGGCCAAGUUGUUGACAAUGAAGACCAAUGAAUUGACCCUUGGGCUGACUCUGUAAACCUUUCCCCAACCCAACUGCCAGUAUUCUCACAAUCUGUUGGAUUUGGUGGUCUGUACCCCUCAUACUUCCGUUUCACUGUAGACAUCCUUUUUCUUGAUGGUGUAAUGCCAUGCACCAAUCUGCCAAUCCAGCUGCUUCUUCUCCAGCCUUUGGGCUGUGCUCCCUCACCCAGGCGCUAACCUCUGGUAAAAGUACUUGCAGAUAAUGCUACAAAGUGAUGAUCUCUCCAAGCUGGUCGUUGGUAUGGUUGUCUGGACGUGUAGGAGACAUACAGGUUGAGGAUGAGGAGCACGGUGUGCUUGAGUGUGUGUGUGUGUGUGUGUGUGUGUUGCAGAGGUGGUGGUUCACGUGGGAGUAGACGUGGUCACGUGCGGAAGUGUGUGUGUAAAGGUGCGCACUCACCUGUGAUACAGAUGAGAGAGUCAGGGUUGGGUAGCCGUAAUUUUUGUUGACCGCUACCCAUUCAUUCAUUCAUUACUUUUUUAUCUGUUUAAUCCGUUGGUUUUCAUUUGUCCAUUCAUCCAUCUUUGCUACGCUGUGACAGCUCUGCGCCGUUUCUUCAUAAUAAAUGCACCAAAAGCAUCUUUGGAUCUCAGCGUAUCUGUCAUCAUAGCGUCCUAGCGCGUCACAAAUCUGCAAAUCUGAAGACCCAACCUCACACUCUCAGCGGCUAAAAGGUCUGUUUUGGAAGCCGCAAUAGGACGCAUCCAGCACUUGUACAGCCCCUUCAGUCGGUUAUAAUGCUCUUGGAUUGUCCCCCCUGCUGGAGCAACCAUGCUCUGCCUGCUCUUCAUCAGCAUACACCAGCUCUAUGCCAGCAUAAGGGAUGAUGCUGAAAAGACUGGGAAUAUAGCCCUUAAAAAAAUGCCCUCACUCCCUCCUUCAGGAUUUUCUUGGCACAGUCAAAUAUUCCUGAGUACUGUCUGGUCUUCCUCAGGGUCAGACUGGACCUCCAUGCAGUAGAUGGCAGUUUGUACUGUUGCUCCAUCCAGCGAUCCAGCCAGGAACCUCUCGUGGGUCUUGAUCUUCCCUGGUUCUCUGGUCAGCUGUUUCUUAUCCUGCUCAUAGACCAUAAAUUUAAUGGCAGUCUCAGGGGCCAUCUUCAGUACAUUGAUACCAUUUUGUCUCUAUAGAGACAUCAAGCCUUCUUCUUUUAAUACUUGCUGAAAGUGACAGUUUACCCAAAAAUCCCGUAGUGCAAUCUAUAUAGUUUGGGUGUGAGUUGCCGAGUGUUACAGAUAUCUACCGUAGAGAUGUCUGCCUUCUCUCCAAUAUAAUGGAUCUACAUGGCACUCGGCUUAUGGUGCUCAAAGUGCCAAAAAAUACAUUUUAAAAACUUAGCAGCAAUGUCUCUUUCCAGAAAUCAUGAACAGGUUACUCAAGAUAAUCCACAGACCUUGUUGUGAGCAGUUUCAUGUAGGGAAUUUUCUUUCUACCAGACUACACCUACCAACUGUUUCACCACGCAGAAGGAAAUGUGUAUCUACUCAUGGACGAGAGGCUCGUGCUUGUGACAGCACAAGAUGUAAACAUCAAUGGUGUUCUCCUCGACUGAGCUGUAAUGUUAGCUAGCUCAUUGGUGCUAUGUAGCUAGCAGAUGCAUAUAUCUAUUGUCAGUGAAUCAUCCACUGUUAACUCAGGAAAGGUCCAGGUGUAAAUCCAGACUUUAUAGUUUGUAAGUACUAUGAGUUCCCUUGGGGAUUGUCAGUAUCUGACCAUCUCAUAGUGCGUGCUUACAAUUAUGAUACCUUAAAUACUUUGAUUAUGUUGUAACAGCUUCCAUCGGCUCAAAACAGCAACCAUCUUCUGAAAUCAUUCGUAGAUCAACUCAAAAUGAAUCGAUCCCGAGUGCAGUAACUGGACUGUUGUGGACUGGACACAAAAAUUUAGUAAUAUACAGAGAUGUCCAUUAAAAAUGUAUUCAGAAUAAAACAAAAUAAUUGAAAACUACAAAAUGUGUAAAAGACAUGAAUGACCAUUUUGGCCUUUAGCAGAAGCCAGGCUGUAGAGGCAGGUUUUCGGUGUAUGUUUGAAGAUAUCAGCACUUUCAGCUCAACUCAAAUCCUUUGUCAGGCUGUUCCCACAGCUCAGAGAUGAGAGCUAAAAGCUUUCUGACCAAAAGGUUUCACUUUGGGACAUCUCUAAGGUCCAUGCAUUAAAAGUAUUUCAAGCAGACAGCUAUAAAGUAAUAAAACAAUCAUAAAAUUAACACAAAAACAGGAAACGUGUGGAAAGAAUGACUUCACCUUUAAUGGCUCUAUUAGAAAAUUAGAAUGUAUGAGUUGUCUUGGACACAGUUCUCAACAUGGAGGUGGCUGAGCUGGUAGCUGACAUUGGGCGCUAUGCUUCUGCUACGUCACUGUCUGAAUCUCGGCUGUAACUGCCCUAUGAGCGCAGUGCAAAGCAGCAACAAUGAGCUAGCAAGUGGGAUACACACACUCAACACUCCAUUAUAUCUUUACUAGGGCUGUAGUCAACCAAAGAAAAUCUUGGUUGACUGAAGUCGAUGCAAAACACACUUGGGAAAAAAAGUUGUGCAUCCUACUGGCUAGCUAAUUGCUGCAACUCUGCCCUGUGCUUAUAUGGCACUUACUGUAGCAGCUGUUAGCCCUGUUCAUGCUGUGGGCACCUUUGGCUGCUAGCCACUGGCUCAGGCACCUCUAUGUUGUGAGCUAUGUGCAAUCAAUCCCUGCCCAGACUCUGAAUCAUAGAUAUGCUCUCAAUGUCAUAUGUGUCUCUUUUAAUGUGUGAAAUCAAAGGAGUCCACUUUUCAAACAGCCUUCCCUCAAACCUUUAUUAGAAGCACAUUACCAUUAUUCUGCAUCGUGGAAUAGUGUCUUUUUUCAAACUUACAGCAUAUUCAGUUUUGGGAAAAAAAACUGAACUGUAGUUUCCCAGUAUUUGUGUGUUAAUUGUUUUUGCAGAAAUACUCACCACAGAUACUAACGAAAUAUUAACAACACACGUCACUGCAUAUUAUUAGUUCUAACGGGCAGGGUACAAAACAGAAGAAAUGACAUUAAGGGCAGGUAAAUUAAAAAAAAAAGAUCUGCAAAAGAGUCUUGAGCUGAAUUUAAGUAAAUAAGGCCUAUUCACACAGGAUUAGUGUUACCUGGGGAUCUCUAGUUAUUUGUAAUAAUUGCAGAGGUAAUCUGUUAUCUUAAUCCCUUGCGUAUCUGCCAAGUCUGUAAUUUUUUUUUUUUUUUUUUUUUUUUUAAGUUCUACCUUAAGUGACCAAUUUAGCUAAACACAGAGGUCAUGUGAUAACAGUAGUCCUGUGCAAAAAAGCAUCUCAGUGAUUUUGAAUCCUGUUUGGCUUUUGUUUUCUCUGCACAUCUUUUUUGCCUUUUUCCCAGUCAAGAAUUACAAAUGCUACAUUGGUAAAUGUAAAUGAAAGUUUUGACAGCAUUUUUGUUGCAGGAGGCGCAUGCAUUUUUUCCACUUGUGUAUGUGUACGGAGACAAGUCAACCGGAAGUCCAUUCAUUCCUGUGAGAUUUUCCAUGAUAUCUGAUAAGCCUGCAAAACUCCUCCCCUCAGUAAUAUUUCAGUCUGGAAAUUUGCCUCGACUACAUUCACAAAAUGUAACUUUUGCGGUGGAUUUCAGAGACUGUAUGACAGUGUGCUAGAUUAGCUGACAGGCUGCUGGCUAACUAACCGGCUAUUACCUUUAAUUCAGUUGCCUGUGCUGAUUGUCAACUGAGUUUGAAUCAUUAAAAGGAACUUGUUUAUCUAGUUUUAACAUAUUGUUAAUCUGAGUAGUGUUAUUCUGCUAAAACAUGUUAAUACAGUAUACACUGUCAGAUUGUCAUUAUCAGUUUGAUAUGAAAUACAGUCAUAUUUAUUAUUUUAAUAUUCAUCUUCUAACCGCUUCAUCCUCUUGAGGGUCGCGGGGGGGCUGGAGCCUAUCCCAGCUGACAUCGGGCAAGAGGCAGGGUAUACCCUGGACAGGUCGCCAGACUAUCGCAGGGCUGACACAUAGAGACAAACAACCAUUCACACCUAUGGACAAUUUAGAGUUACCAAUUAACCUAGUCCCCAAUCUGCAUGUCUUUGGACUGUGGGAGGAAGCCGGAGUGCCCGGAGAGAACCCACGCUGACACGGGGAGAACAUGCAAACUCUGCACAGAAGGGCUCCCACGCCCGGGAUCGAACCGGCAACCCUCUUGCUGUGAGGUGACAGUGCUAACCACCACACCACCGUGCCGCCCCUUAUUAUUUUAAUAUGAAAUAGCCUAAUGUUACAGAUUUAUCAGUCUAGUUAAAUACAGUCAUCAUCCUUAUAAGUUUGAUAUGAAAGUGUAGGCCUAUGCAUCAAUACGUCGUACAUACAUCUUUUUAAUGAAAUAUUUCACAAAUCAUGCUACGUACCUGGUAGGCCAGCAUCUUCAUUUAUUUGUUGCCUUGCAACAUUGGUCCCGUUUUGUGCAUCUUCCAAGCUACUGGACGGUGAAUAUCAGACAAAAUUAGCCUCUCCCCCAUCAUGGCCACAGGAAGUUUCUGUCAGGUUUCUCUACAUCCGUAAAUAAAUGUACUCCCUUGCGUUUGACACUGGAGGCAUCAUUUGUAUAUUUAUGGAUCUACUGACACCAGUCACAUACAUAAGUGGAAAUGAGGCAUCAUCUCGCUACACAGCAUGGAGCACUGUUUACAGAAAAGGCAAGCUCAGAUCCAUCAGGAGAGCAGAAUAUGUAAAUCACGUGGUCCCCUGGUUACACU